AUGUCUUCUAAAAAGCAAUUUACUCUUGCGGAGCUCGCUGACCACAAAGAAAAGGGUUCCACUUUGUAUGUUUCUAUUAAAGGCAAAGUCUAUGAUCACCCUGGUGGCGAAGAAGUCCUUCUUGAUGAAGCAGGUCAGGAUGCCACUGAAGCAUUUGAAGAUGUUGGACAUUCUGAGGAAGCCCUUGAAAUCCUAAAAGGGUUAGAAAUUGGUGAAUUAAAAGAUGUUAGUAAUUAA